AGUGUACGUCUUUAACAAGAGGCGUAGCUCUCCGACCAGAGCUGUGUGUGCUAGUCGGUGGGGAGAAAUUUCCGCUUCCUCCACCGAUACAACAUCCACAGCAACUUGAGAAAGGACUUCCACCCAGAGUCCUUCGUUAAGCAGCAGCAUUGUAGGCUAAACGUUAAUCGCGAGACUCGAAUAAAGCUUGGAGUCAAGGGGAUUUUUAAACUUUGUAUUUGCCUUAGACGAUUGGUUUCCCCGCUGUUGGCAGAACGACGGGGUUUUAAAGAGCAGAGAUACAAAGCGCACGAGCACCGCUGGUUUAAAAAGGCACGCAUACCUCCAGCAUGGAGCGCGGGGGGCUCCCGAAGACUGGAGGUGUUCCGUCUCCGCAACCCUCCAAGCCGGUCACGAUCACCUCGAAUCGUCCGGUGCAGAUGAACCUGUAUGCAACGUGGGAAGUGGACCGAUCUUCGCCGAGCUGUGUCCCGAGGUUGUUCAACCUGACUCUGAAGAAGCUGGUGAUGCUGAAGGAGUUGGACAAGGACCUGACGUCUGUGGUCAUCGCUGUCAAACUCCAGGGAUCGAAACGCAUUUUACGCUCCAAUGAGAUCCUGCUGUCUUCGGCUGGGCUUACCGAGACAGACCUGCAGCUCACUUUCUCUUUGCAGUACCCCCACUUCCUGAAGCGUGACGCUAACAAGCUGCAGAUCAUGCUGCAGCGCCGCAAGCGCUACAAGAACCGCACCAUCCUGGGCUACAAGACAUUAGCACUGGGCCUCAUCAACAUGGCCGAGGUGAUGCAGCACCCCACUGAAGGGGCCCAGGUUCUGGGGCUCCACAGCCAGCUGAAGGAGGCCUCAGUGCCUGUGGCGGAGGUGCGCGUCUACAGCCUGUCCAGUCAGCCCAUCGACCAACCCAGAGCCAAGACGUCCGAUCGCUCUCCUGACAUUGAUAACUAUUCAGAGGAGGAGGAGGACAGCUUCUCCUCGGAACCAGAGGGCAGCGAUGAUCCCGUCCAUGGACAGUAUCUCUUUGACGAGGAGGAUGAGGUGAGAAAGAAAAAGCCACGGCGCAAGCUGACGCCCAACGCCUCCAUAACCAGACAACCCAACAUCAAGCAGAAGUUUGUGGCUUUGUUGAAGAGGUUCAAAGUCCCGGAUGAGGUGGGCUUUGGUCUGGAGCACGUGUCCCAUGAGCAGAUCCAGGAGGUGGAGGAGGAUCUGGAUGAGCUCUACGACAGCCUGGAGCUCUACAACCCCAGCGACAGCGGCCCCGAGAUGGAGGAGACCGACAGCAUCCUCAGCACCCCCAAACCCAAACUCAGACCUUUCUUUGAGGGCAUGUCGCAGUCCAGUUCCCAGACGGAGAUCGGCAGCCUGAACAGCAAAGGAAGUCUACCGAGAGACUUCUUCAGCCCGCAGGGGGAGCAGCCUCCGUCGGACAGGAUGAAGCAUUCGCAGUCACGCACGCGCAACCUGGAGGAGACACUGUCUGAGGGUGACGCCCUGGAUCUGGGAGAGCCAGAGCUGUGUUCAGAGGGGCCCAGUAUCACUGUGUCGUCAGCAGACAAACACAAAUCACCCAUGAAGACCAACCGGAGCGAGAGUCAGCCAACCAUACCCUCACCCAGACUGGAGGGCGUACACACUCCCCGUCACAAGCGUGGCGGCAGCACCCCGAUGAAGGAGCGGCAGCUCUCCAAGCCACCGAGCGAACGAGCCAACAGCUCAGACAGCGAGAGGUCACCAGAGCUCACACAUACGCAGGUACUGCGGAAGGCAGUGUAUGAUCAGCUGAAUCAGAUCCUGGUCUCAGAUGCUGUAUUGCCUGAGAGUCUCAUCAUGGUCAAUGCCACAGAUUGGCAAGGACAGUUUGUGGCGGAGCAGUUGCAGGCCCAGAGGCAGCCGGUGGUGUGUACGUGCUCGGGAGCAGAGGUCCAGGCUGUCCUGUCUGCAGUGCUCACACGCAUCCAAAAAUUUUGUAACUGUAACUCCUCCAUGCCGAGGCCAGUGAAGGUAGCUGUGGUGGGUGGUCAGUCCUAUCUCGGCUCCAUCUUGCAGUUCUUCGUCUCCCAACUGGCCAACAAGACCUCCGAUUGGCUGAGUCACAUGAGGUUCCUGGUGGUGCCGCUGGGUUCACACCCUGUUGCUAAGCACCUUGGCGCCCUCGACAACCGAUACAGUUCCUGUUUCUUAGACGGAGCCUGGAGAGAACUGUUCAGCCGCACAGAACCUCCCCAGACAGACAUUGUUGAUGUGGCCAGUCGGAUCGGCCAGUACGUCAGUGGAGCCUCUCUCACACACCAACUGCCUAUUGCUGAGGCCAUGCUAACCUGCAAGCACCGAAUACUAUUCCCAAAAUUGUUUAUUCCCUUCAUUGGGGUGGUGAAGGUUGGGUUGAUUGAGCCUGGACAAUCCUCCACAGGCGACGCAGAGGAGGGCGUGGCUGUGACCUUGGCCAUCCCCUCCACAUCUCCGCCCUCCCACGGCUCGCCCGCCAGUCUCAGAGAGACGGCCACGCCCCCCUCCUCCCCAUCCAUGGGAGGGGUGCUGAAUGUCCAGGGGAGUCCCAGCAUGCCUCACGCCAUGGACGCCAUCGGCCUGCAGGUGGACUACUGGCUGGCUUCUCUGGCCGACAAGCGGCGUGAGGGGGAGCGCCGCGACACCGGCUGCAAGAACACACUCAAGUGUGCCUUCCGCUGCCUGCAGGUCAGCCGCCUGCCACCAGGGGGAGCCAGCGAGGCGCACGCGCAGGUCAGCACCAUGGCCAUGAGUGUGGUGACCAAAGAGAAGAACAAGAAAGUCCCGCAGAUCUUCCUUGGCAAGAAGCCGCGUGAGAAGGAGAUGGACUCCAAGAGCCAGAUGAUCGAGGGCAUCAGCCGUCUCAUCUGCUCUGCAAAACAGCAGCCAACCAUCCUCAGAGUGUCCAUAGACGGCGUGGAGUGGAACGACGUCAAGUUCUUCCAGCUGGCUGCUCAGUGGCCCACACAUGUCAAGUACCUUCCCGUGGGCCUCUUCGGCUAUAGCAAGCCGCCCUCUUAAGGCCGGCCUCCUCUUCCCGCCCGUCAAAUCCCCCCCUGCCAACCGGGAUGCCUGUCAGCCAAUCAUAGCAGAACUGCAAGGGCCGGCCUUGUGUAUUGUUUUUGUUUUUAGUUGUGUCCCGUUGAAUCGUUGCUCCUUGGAAUUCUGUGGAGUUUUUAUUUGGCUAUGGGAUGGGGCAUAUAGAUCCCGAUUGUUUGUUUGUGUGUGUGUGUGUGUGUGUGUGUGUGUGUCUGAAUCAAGUGUGAGGUGGAUAUAUAGCGCUUUGUCACUUUAAUUUAUUUUAAAAGACCCCCACACCCCCAGUCCUCUAUGAUGCUCGUACUGAGCGUACCUUUAUGGGGCAAUGGGAGGGAACAGAGCACAAGAAAAGAACAAUACUGCCGAUCAGCCAAAUGCCAAUCCCUCAUUAUGUAGCAUGACCUAAAAGCAGCAAAAGUGUCCCAACAGCAAGCCCUUAAUGGCAGAUUACUCACAGUCAUGUACUAAAACUGAGCUCCAACAGCAAGAGCCUCUCUCUUUCUUUGUCUCUCUCUCUCUCUCUCUCUCUCUCUCUCUCUCUCUUUUUCUUUCUCUCUCUCUCUCUCAUGCUCUCCCACUCUAUCUCUCACUCUCUCUCUAUCUCCUGCUUUGUGUCCAAGACCUGCAUGUUGUCCCCUAUGACCGUUAUCUCUGAGCAGCAGUAUAUCCUACUGGGAACUUUCUCGGAUGUGGUUUUUAAAUAUGACCACCAUUUACUGCAUGUCUGGGACUCACUCACUUGUUGGAGUCCCUUAUGGCCACAGAUUCUCAGAUUUGUCAUUUGUUUUGUCCAAGGCCCCUGUCUGUUGGUGGAGUUUAGUUUAACCAGUGAAUCUGUCCGUAUGUUUUUUCCGUUUUUAAAAGUGUUUUCCGUUUUUAAAAGUGGCCUUUUUUAAAGAAAAAAAAAAACAAAACAAGAUCCUUUAAGUCAUUUUUUCCCUUGUUUAACUACUCCAAAGAUCACAGUUUAUGCGAAUGUAGACUAAAACAGUUGACAGUACUUGUGUAGUUGGGCAGUUGGUGUUGAUGGGGACAUCAAACAAAAUGGCUGCCCUCUCUAAGAAAGAGAUCUGUCACUCAAAGAUGGGUAGCAAGGGCUGAGGCUGGUGGAUGACACAUGACGUGACUCCCUAUUAAGGGUGUCCUUCACAAGGAACACCCAUAGGAGACCAAGUGUUAGUUCACACAUAAAGUCAGUAUUUUUCAUGCUUUUGUUUAUGUAGUGUUAAAACUUUUUUAUUUGUAUAAUGUUUGCGAUGAGAUUUUGUUUGUCUGCUUUUUUUUUUGUAGGCGGGCCUUUGGCUUAGGGUUUUGCACAGGUGAACUGGGGCUGGCACCCUAUUGGUUGUUUCGCUAUGCACUUAAUCUAAUCACAGCUUUUCCCGUGUGUAUCUAUAGGUUAUGUGAACCACCCAAAGCACAACAUAUGUUGCUGUAGCAACUUUAACCCCCUCCCUCCAACAUCCACACACACACCCACACCCACACACACUGUCCCCCACCCAUACACACACUUACACAUCAGCAAGGGCGCGGGAACAUUGUUUGGCAGCUCUAGACAUGUCCAUGUGGCCGUUGUAUGUGGGGAUAUUGUGAUCCGUUCUGUCCAUGUUCAGUGACUAGUGUGGACAUAAAAAUGUGGAAACAAAAUGUUAAAAGUCGUUAAAAUUGUAGUUAGUUAGUGAAACAAAAGACAAAUAUCUAUGGACACGUUGUCCCAACUAAGAUACAGUGUACGUGUGUUUGUGUGUGUGUGUGUGUGUGUGUGUGUGUGUGUUUUAGUGUGUCUGUUGUGAGGUUUAGUACGUGUGUAUGUGUGUAUUUUGUUUAGUUUUUAAGGUGUGAAAUUUUAGCCUUUGGUGUGCCCUGGUAUGUGACUCCCUGGUACCCUGUGGUAACCCUUAGCAACGGAUUACAGCAGGCAAGCCACCACGACCUUGUACGUGUCGAAAGAAUUUGACCUCUCCCUUUAAUCAACAAUGUCCAAAUAACACAACUUGCCCAUCAUAGAGAUGGGCAUGACCUGAAUGUACUUCUCCUAUUUAUGUAUGUGUGUGUGUGUGUGUGUGUGUGUGUGUCCGUCCGUGCGUUUGUGUUUGUCUAACAGCUUGCCUGCAAUAGAAUGCACAGGCCUCUCUUACGCACCUACCCACACACACACACACACACACACCCACAGAUGUGACCUUUAAAAACGUCACACUCCGGUGACAGUGAUGGCUUGACCAGGGGUCGUCUCCAGGGCAACCCAGUCUCUCCCAUGUGGCACAUGAUAAAGUAUUAUUUGAGGGAAAGAAAAUACGAGAGAGAAAAAAAUGAAAGUAUUAAUCUUCUAAUGGGUCAAUAUGUUCCGUCAGUGUCCGGAAGGGAGAGUGGUGUAGAGUUACAGCCUCUGCAGUAUUGCGGUGGAAUGGAGACACUCUCUUUCCCUUUACCCUCUGUCUGUCACUUAAUGUCACACUAUCAUGUAGUUCUCGCACAAAGACACUUGGAGCUCACCAGACACUCAGUAUGUCCAUUCACAUUCUCUUUCUUUCUUUCUUUCUUUCUUUCUUUCUUUGUACUGUUUGCCAUGGUGCUCCUGAAGCUGUGUGCUCCUUCUCAAUAGGAGGCCUGACAUGGAUGGUGGGUUUCCGUUAUCUAAUUUAAAAGCCCACAAAUCCAUGUUCUUCAAGGGGGGGAAGCAAACACAGGGGCCCAAACUAGCCCUUGCCCUAUAAUGGAAAGACUCUUAGGAUAUUAACUGCUUCAAUUAGUCCACCAUGUUAAUCAUUAUGUUUGGCUGAUUCUUCCCCUCCUACCAGGGUGUAGAAUGAGAGUGGAGUGGAGACAUUACUGUUGCUAAUGUUAUAAUGUGAAGGAUCAGUUCCCCACCAGGGAAAAUUACAGCCAACAGCCUUUACUUAAUUACUCCACCUCUUUGCCAAGUCUGAGGAUUCAGUGGCAGAAUUGUCUGAUUGUGGUACAAGUAACUACCACACUCUCUCUGUCACUCCUCCCCUCCCACCCUCUCUUUCUGUUUUGCUGUCUUUCUGUCUCUCUUGUUGCCACUGUUGUCUAGCUUUCUCUGCCACAGGGUGUGGCAGAAGGCUUUAAAGUAAAUCUGUCCCCCUGUAAUUCAAAACUAUAACCAGGUGAUCCAUGGAUCUUUGUGCAUGAACUAAAACUAAACUAAGAAGUCCUUCCCUGCCCGUUGACACUGUAGUAAAACCUUUAGACCCUAUACACAGCCUCUGUACAAAGGAGCCAUCCUACUCUUCUGUCAGAUAUCACCCACAUAGGUAACCAGACAAGGGCUAGAAAGAGACCCAGGCUAGGCUAGGCCCGAGGUCAUUUCUGUACAGAGAUUCAGCAGUAGCGGAUGGUUUUCCAUGAAAGGGUUGUUUUAAAUAGGAAAUCGGUGACAGAGUCAAGCUUUCUCAUGUCUUUGAAAAAAAAAAAGGAUUGUGGGUAAUUUUUGAGAAGGAAUCACUGCCAGUACAUCAGUUACAUUAACAUCAUCACUUGUGUCGGAGCUAGGUGGCGUUAAGUGUUGAUGUUCAGUAUUUUCAAUGUGACGUGUGAUUGAAUAAUGUGGGAUGUUUGUUUAUGUUUCUUUGUUUCCUUCUGUCUCUCUUUCUCUGUCUCAUAAAAAAUAUCUCCAUCGUUUUUUUUAAAGUCGUCCGUUUUUUUAUUGUAGUUCUUCCUGAUCUACCCGUAUCUGUGUCUGUUGUUGUGGAUUUAAUGGUGUGAUCUCUCCAUAUUUGGUGCAAGGACGUGAUUGAGAUGUGCCCAGACUAGAAAGCACACAAGCUGAGUUGUAGUAGCCCAGUUUUAACCACAUCACAUUGCAUUUGGUCCUUGGCUGCUCUUAUAUUUGCGGUAGUAGCAUUGCCACACACAUACAAAGGCUACGUUCACAAGGCUAUUCGUCACAUGCUCCCAAGCUUUGAACUCUCUCUUAAGAAAUGUUCCAGAAUAUGGCCUCCAGAAGAUGUCUUCUUGCAGCAUAAUGCAUCAAUCAAUAUCUAAUGCAGUCGUUUGAUCAGCAUAAUGUUGAACUAUGAAAUUCACCGUUUGGAAAAGAAACAUUACGAGAGACACGAGCCAAGCUUGUGGACGUGACAAGUUAAAUUUAGUGCACACUGUUGUAUUCUUCUGCAAGUCUUAGCCAUCUGCCUCUUUGCCUAUAAGCGACAAUGCUUGUACAUAUCAUGAAGAAGUGCUUGUAAUAUUACCUGUUUUCUUUUCAAUGUGUUUUAUUUUUUAUUUAACAUUUUUUGUAGUAAUGCUUUUUUCAUAAUUGAGUUGUCAAUACGAAAAACGAUGUGGGAUGAUGACAUGUGGACAUGUUUACUGUGUUUUUAAGAAUAAAAUAAAAAAAAAAACAUUC